GCGCGACGCGACGGGCGCGGGGGCGCGGGGGCGCGUCCGCGGCGUUGGACCAGGUCGAGCGCGAGGUGAAGGACGGCGCGGUGUCGUUCGUCCUGCUCGCCGGUGGGGUCGGGAAGCGCAUGGGGGCGGACGUGCCGAAGCAGUACUUACCGUUAAUGGGGACGCCGAUCGCGAUUUGGUCGUUGAAGAAGUUUGCGACGAUGCCCGAGGUCGGGGAGAUCGUCGUGGUGUGCGACCCGUCGUACGACGACGUCUUCUCGAGCGUUGCGAUCGAGAAGCCGCUGACGUUUGCGAGGCCGGGUAAGGAGAGACAGGAUUCGGUGUACAAUGGGAUGCAGGCGGCUCGAGAGGGGGCGGAGCUGUUGGCGAUUCACGACAGCGCGCGGCCGUUGUGCGCGCUGGCGGAUGCGAGGCGGUGCUUCAAUGACGCGAAGACGCACGGUGCGGCUGUUCUCGCGGUGCAGAGCAAGGCGACGAUUAAGGAAGUGAAUGCGGAUUUAAGCAUCGAUAAGACGUUGGAUCGAAGCCGUUUAUGGGAGAUGCAGACGCCGCAGGUUAUGCGCCCGGAGCUUUUGCGUCGUGGAUACGAUCUCGUCAAUAGUAAAGGCUUGGAGGUCACCGACGACGUUUCGAUCGUCGAGCACCUGGGUGAGCGCGUGCAGGUAACGCCGGGAAGCUAUUUUAACCUCAAGGUCACGACGCCGGAGGACAUGUUCAUCGCAGAACGAUUGAUGAAGGAGCAAGGCGACGCCGUGGCGUGA